AUGUUCGGCUACCUGUUUAUUUCGGACAAAAAUCAAGUUCUUUUCUAUGGCGGUGAUAGCGGAUUUGACUCGUAUCUUCAUGGUCGUCUCUGCGCUGAAGGCCUCUUCUCACCAGAUGCACCAUCCACAUCAAGUGGUGUCUAUAGUGACACAUCCUCUACGGAAUCUCUACGAGUUACCGAUGAAGAUUCAAAUUCAAUAGGAUCAAAAACUUCCGAAAAACCAGCCCAUGCAGAAAUUUCUCAUAUAUUUCUUCCACUAAUAACUAUAUACCGGUCAUUUAACAGUCGCUCUUCUGAUCAUAUUUAUUCAACAAAGUCUGAUAAUGUCACGAUACUACUGAAACGACUGAAGUACGACUUUCUUUUGGUAUCGAUUGGAAAGAGUGAACAACGACAGUAUCAAUUCAUGGAUUAUAUGGAAUUGGGUUUGGAUAUUAACAUUGGUCCCCUUCUUUCACUCAUUGAAUCAGAUCUCGACACAACCCAUCUGGCUACGGAUUUUCUCAAAUCUUUCAAUGAUAAACCGUGCUCAUUCGAGGACAAAAGGAUUAGAAGUUUCCUGGAUGUUCGGAAAGCGAUAUUCUUUCAGUCUGAAAUCUCCCUGACUCUGCCUCUCCUCAGUAACUUGGCAUCUCAGCUACAGGAUCUACUUGGCCCUAACAUGUUGGUUGUUCAGUCUCUAAUCAUCGCCAAAUUUGAAACCCUUUCCUUCGAAGAGAGUCUGUUCAGAAUCAUGCUAGCGAGUGAUGGUAAAAUACUCGCCUCCAUCAAUUCCACUGAAGAUGAGAAACUGACAUUGAAACAUCUCACAGGCUAUGACUUAAAUUUCCUCUUGGAGCAGAUAUCUUCUCUCGAAUCGAUUGAUCAUGGCAAAAUUUUCCAGGUAUGGUAUGGGAUUUACAUGAAAUUUAUGUAG